CAUGCGUUCACCCUCUUUCAGAAAAAGAAUCCCGGUAACAGCAUACUAAAGCUUUCGAUGCCAUCUCGAGACAGAAAGCAUAAGUUGACAAAAUCAAAGCACUUGAAGCAGCCAGUACCAAAGGAUUUAUAGAGCCCCAUGCCAUAACAUGGUUUACAGAUCGUCUCGUCGACAAGCAGGACGCCAAUCAAGUCCUGAACGGUCAGUGUUGACCAUUUCAAACAAUGACAUGUCAGGCGGCAUAGAAUAUACUGCGCUGGUACGGCGCCAGGUGGGACUGUGGAGAUCAGUGUCAGCCAUACUUGCUUUACUCAGCAUCGGCCUCAUCAUCGUUGUCGUCGUAUUGUCCGUCAGAGAAUCCCACGACAGCGCCGAAACUUGCGGGACAUCAAGAAUUUCCCAGAAAAACGGAAACGUCAUUGACCUUAGUGAACCAGACAAGCCCGGACCUUUUCAUGACCUCACAAAACUGGAGAUCCGAAAUCUGAGAGCGUUUUUAGAAAAGGACCCUAACAUCCGGGUAGUCCCUGCGGCAAAGGCACAGACCAACGUUAGCAUGCUGUACACGAUGGAUUUGUUCCCAGCACCCAAGGCAGAAGUGCUGAGUUACUUGGAUAAGGAAGGGCCUCUGCCCACGCGAAGAGCUCGUGCUAUAGUGUUUCGAGGAGAUUUAGAUCCCCCGGUAGUUAUAGAGUACAUCUGUGGACCACUGCCUAAUGUUACGGAAUGUAAAAUAUUGCAGUCGGAUAAAAGGCGAAAUCCCGUAGAAUUUGCACUUCGCCCUAUAAGUGAUGUUGAAUUGGACAGCCUUUAUAAUACUGUUCUUCUUGAAGUUGAUCGUAAGAUUGGUUACAUUCUGAAAGAAAGUUAUGGAACUUCCUACCACAACUGUAAACCUGAAGAGUGUUUGACCUACUUCUCUUCUCAUCUUGGCACCAAUUUGAUCAAUGACGUCACAGCACAUAGACUCUGGGUAUGGGCGCUGUAUUCGGUAGAGUACUACGCCCUCCACCCUGUAGACUUUGGAGUCUUGGCCGUCAUGGAUGGAUCCGAUCCCAGAAAAUUCAGAGCGGAUAAAGUUUGGUACCACGGCACUCUCUACAACAGCUUAGACGACCUCAUCCUCGCAUACAACAGUAGCGGACCCGAGCAGAAGUCCCGCAUCAAGAAACACGAGUACAGCAAAGACGUCUUCUCAACCCUCAACUUGCGAGGUGACCCACAGCCUGAACACCCACAGAGACCCCCGACCUUAGUGGAGCCAGACGGCAAGAGAUACUCGUUGAAAGACAGGCAGGUCCAAUACCUGGGUUGGAGCUUCAACUUCCGCAUGUCCAUCCUCUCUGGACCAGUCAUCUAUGACGUCAGAUUCAAGAACGAGAGAAUCGCUUAUGAGAUUGGGGUAUCGGAGAUUUCCGUUUUCUACUCCGCGGAUAACCCCAUGCAGCGGAUUACGGAUUUUGUCGACUCGGCAGCUUUGAUUGGAAUCCACUCCAAGUCCCUGGUCCCAGGCGGGGACUGCCCAGAGACGGCCACCUUUAUCAACCAGACUUUCACUGAUCAGUCAGACGACGCCCCGUUAAAGAUAUCCCGCGCUUUUUGCCUGUUUGAGAACAACAAUGGCUACCCACUCAGACGACAUUUGUCUUACUCUCGAUCAGAGGGCGCCUUUUAUGGCGGGAUGCUGGACUCGGCCUUGACCUUGAGAAGUGCAUUGACCAUCAUCAACUACGAUUACAUCGUGGACUUUAUCUUACACCAAAAUGGCGUCGUAGAAACACGUGUCAUGAGUACAGGUUACAUCUUACCCAGUUUCUUCACAAGUCUUGAGAAGCCAUACGGUUUUCAAAUAGAAAAAGAUCUGCUGGGCACCUUGCAUCACCACAUGUUCCAUUUCAAGGUCGACCUGGACAUAUCGGGGACCUCCAACAGAUACGAGACACUGGACAUUCAGCCAGAGACGGUGGACAUGAGAACGGUUCCUAAUAGGAAAUAUCAGCAGACAAAAUUUGUAAGAAAUUUGAAAAAAUCUGAGAAAGACGCGCUGUUCAAAUAUAAUUUUGACCACCCAAAAUAUCACGUGGUGCAUAAUGAGAAGGUCAAGACAGAUUUGAACGAGAUCAAGGCCUACAGGAUAGAUAUGCAGGGCAUGUCAAAGCAAAUUCUCCCAGAGGGCGAAGACAACGAGAGGACCAUCCCCUGGGCCAGACACCAGCUGGUAGUGACCAAACACAAGGACGACGAGCAGGUCUCUAGCUCGCCUUACGCAAUGUGGGACAGCAAAAACCCCGUCACAGACUUCACAAAAUUUUACGAAGACAACGAAAGCAUUGUUGACGAGGACUUGGUGUUUUGGAUCACUUCCGGUAUGCACCACAUCCCGCACACAGAAGAUCUGCCACUGACGCCAACUGUAGGCAACCACCUCAAGUUUUUUUUGCUGCCGUACAACUAUUUUAAAGAGUGCCCGUCUGUGGCUUCACGUGACCAUAUACGAAUAGAACACAAAGACCGCAGCAACCCGCUGGAUGGCGUCAAGGUGGAAAGGAACGGUAACUCCUACAAGACGUGUAGGUUACCCAACUACGCUCAGCAGUUCGAUGAUCUGGUGGACAAGGAUCCUCAAGUUAUAUUGGACAGUCGCUAAACCAUCAUAGACAUGUAUAGCUGUGAUU